GCUGCUCUCCGGCCGACGCGGAGAUGAAAAUCAUACACAUCAUGUCCGGGACACGUACGUCACUCACCGGAGACCUGCCACAUACUCGUUUCAUGUUAGCCAGCGGUUAGCAUCUGGCUGCAUAGAAAUGUAGAUUUUUCUAGGAAGGGAGGGACACACACUUGUUUUGUUCGUCAUGGUGAUAUGCAAGGACGACGGGAUGGAGCCACUGAACAAGCCCAGUCCCUCCUGCAGCAGACUGAUUCUUAAUUAAAACAGCAAUCUGCAUCAUGGGAAGGAUCAGCUUUUCGUGCCUUUUCCCAGCCUCAUGGCAUUUCAGCCUGCCAUCCCAGGCUCUUCCUCGGCUCCUGGUACCCUCCCUGAGACAGCUGCUCUUCAUCGGCCUGGUGCUCUGCCUCAUCGGACUGCUCUACCUGCUGCUCGUCACUGGGAAGGGCCACGCCAGCUGGUUCAGAAAGGAGAAUCACUUUCACAGGCACUUGGCGCGGGUGACAGAUGUGGAUGCAACAGACACAAGCAACCCCAACCUAAACUAUGGCCUGGUGGUGGACUGUGGCAGCAGUGGCUCCAGGGUGUUUGUGUACUGCUGGCCCCGGCACAAUGGUAACCCUCAUGAACUGCUGGACAUUCAGCAAAUGAGAGAUCAACACCGCAAGCCAGUGGUCAUGAAGAUCAAACCGGGUAUCUCUGAAUUGGCUAAAACGCCAGAGAAAGCCAGUGAUUAUAUCUAUCCGUUGCUGAGCUUUGCAGCCCAACAUAUCCCCAAAAAUAAGCACCAGGAAACACCUCUGUACAUCUUGUGCACAGCUGGAAUGAGAAUCCUUCCUGAAAGCCAACAGCAGGCACUUCUGGAGGACCUGCGAACAGACAUCCCAGUCCAUUUCAACUUCCUUUUCUCUGAUUCCCACGUGGAAGUGAUUUCCGGGAAACAGGAAGGUGUCUAUGCAUGGAUUGGAAUAAACUUUGUCCUCGGAAGGUUUAACCAUGUGCACAAUGAUGGGGAAGCUGUAGUGGAGGUGCAUGUCCCAGGCAACGAUCAGCAGGAGGCGAUGGUGAGGAAAAGGACUGCAGGUGUCCUGGACAUGGGCGGGGUCUCCACGCAGAUUGCGUACGAAGUGCCCAAAACUGUAAGCUUUGCUUCUCCACAGCAGGAGGAAGUUGCCAAGAACUUACUGGCAGAGUUCAACCUGGGGUGUGACGCACAUCGCACAGAGCAUGUUUAUCGUGUUUAUGUGUCUACCUUCCUGGGUUUUGGAGGAAAUGCAGCACGCCAAAGAUAUGAAGAGAGCCUCCUCAGAAAUACCGCCACUCGAAACAAACUCUUAGAUCAGCAUAUUGGCGAGACAGCAGAGUCUCCGCUCCUGGACCCGUGUCUACCCACAGACCUGCAGGAUGAGAUCGGUCCAUCUACGCAGAGGCUCCACCUGCGAGGCACAGGGGACUUUGACCUGUGUAGGCAGAUUCUGCAGCCGUUCCUCAACCGCACCAACGAGACCCAAACCUCCCUCAGUGGUAUCUACCAGCCGGCCAUCGACUACAGCAACAGUCAGUUCUACGGCUUCUCUGAGUUCUACUACUGCACGGAGGAUGUGCUGCGCAUGGGCGGGGAUUAUAACGCUUCAAAGUAUGCCCGGGCUGCCAAGAGUUACUGUUCCACCCAAUGGAGGACUCUGAGGGAGCGCUUUGACUCCGGCCUGUACGCCUCUCAUGCUGAUCUUCACAGACUGAAGUACCAGUGUUUCAAAUCAGCAUGGAUGUACGAAGUAUUGCACUCAGGAUUUUCUUUCCCUGCCAAUUACAAAAAUCUGAAGACCGCCCUGUUGGUCUACGAUAAGGAGGUCCAGUGGACUCUUGGAGCUAUUCUUUACAGAACACGGUUUCUGCCUUUGAGAGACAUCCAGCAGGAGAGUCUGAAAGGAGCGCACUCUCACUGGCGGCACAGCUUCUCCUUUUUCAACAACCACUACUUGUUCCUGGCCUGUUUCUUCAUUGUGUUGCUGUCUAUCAUGUUGUACUUGCUGCGACUCCGCCGCAUCCAUCGGCGGGCAGCCCAGCGCAGCACCCCCUCCUCUGUGCCGUGGUUGGAGGAAGGCCUUGGCUCGCCCACUCUCCCCAUCAACCUCUAAAUCUUUCGGAGCAUAAAGUCUGGACAGCAUGUCCAGAGUCAGUCCUCACUCCAUUUCUCUCCAAGGAUUGAAAACAAGGCUGCUCCCGUCGACGAGUUGAAACAGAAAUGGUACUGAGAAUUGGAUAAAGGAGGAGGACCUUAUGUAAGUCGUCCUCCUUACCUGAGCCCAUGACAUUUUUUUGUUUAUUUGAUUCUGAGAAGUCUUUUUUUUUUUUUUUUUUUUUUUUUUUUUUUAGAAUUCAUGUUCUUGCCUGCGACAUGCUCCAUUAUCAGAGUCAACGGCAAAUGCCUCCUGGUGUCUUUUUGUUUUAUUUCUUAAGACGACAAAGACACACAAUGGUACUUGGUUUGCUAGCCUAUCUAUACCCAAAUAUGAAGUAUUCUGCGGUGGAAACUUAUCGGACUUUUGCCUUUCUUUAUGCCUUUGUGUAUGUGUACGAUCACAUCUUUUCAUUUCUGUAUUUAUAGUUGGUACGAUCACUCUCCAUUUCUAAAGAAACCUCAAAUGCAAUACGAUUUGUAAUUACUGGAUGGAGCACUUUGUAAUGCAGUUAAGAUGCUUUGCCCAGCCGGAAUGGUCCUGUCCUGUCCUGUGUGUGUGUGUGUGUGUGUGUGUGUGUGUGUGUGUGUGUGUGUGUGUGUGUGUGUGUGUGUGUGUGUGUGUGUGUGUGUGUGUGUUUUCUGCCUCAACAAGACAAAUAGCCUUUGAUGGCUGUAGUAGUGCAAUACAUGUCUGGUCACUGUUGGCAGAAACUCUCCAGAAUGCAUUAGUUCUUUGGUUGAGAGUAUCAAUUUCUCUGAAAGCCCUGCUGAAAUUCUUAUGUUGGGUCAUCUGACUUGUGAGUUGGAUUCCGUUGCAUAUAUUUAUGUUGGGCUUCAUUUUCAGAAGCCGUCAUGUCACUGCUGUGAGGGGACUGUAAAUGAAAGCACAUGCCCCCAUUAUUUAUAUCAAGGUGGUCUAGUGAAAUGUUUGCACAGAUGAAUGCGAAAAAUAAAUGUUGUCACAUUGCAGUUCAGUAAUAAAGGUUUUAUGCUAAA